GCAGUUUUGCACUUUUCUGCAUUUCUUGUACGAUUUGUUAUCAGUAGAUUUUUGUUGGCUUCAAAUAAAUAAAAAUAAUUGAAAACGAAAUUAUAAAUGAUAUCGAUUAUCCAUCUCAAACAUCAUGACAACAUCUUAUUUACUCCAUGAACUUGGCCAAAUAUGUGCCGAACUUCGUUCCGACAAAAUUUCCAAUCGAAACCGGUCAUUGGAUAAAUUGGACACUUUGUUGGUCAAUUCUAAAAACGAUGUAAUGCAACUUUAUGGAGGAAAUCAAGGAACAAAAUUAGAUCCAUCUUGGAAGCGUGUAUUUAAUUGUUCUGUUGAUGCAGCCAUCGAUCAUGCAAAUAAAGUGCAAGAUGCUGAGGGGACCAAAACCUUUCAGACUCAUCGCAAUAGAAAUCAUAUUUUCAGCUCCAUCAUCAAUCGACUUAUUGAUUACAGUCUUGAAGAUAAUAGUAAUCUGUUAGAUCAGACUACUAUCUUGACUGCAUUCAAAUACGGAUAUGGAAAUGUUGUUGUUCGUAAGAAUUUUGGUAAAUUGUUUUUACAAAUCUUGGAAAGAGGAGUUUACGAUUCUGUAGAGAAUAUUCGAGGAAUUAAAGCUUCUGAAUUGAGUUCAAUAUUAUCAUAUCUAUUUGAAAUGAAUAAUCCAGAUGAUCAAAGUUUGAAAUUAGCUGUGAUUCGUUGUAUUAAUAAAACUGUUGAAUUAUGCCAGCAAUAUGUUCAAGUCGGGCUAGAUUUGAGAGAUUACUUUCCUGAUGCAAUAUCAUUGGCUAGCGAAGCUCGUGAUGAGCAACAACAAGCGGAAGUUAUCAAGUUGUUUUACUUGCUGACAUCAGAGCUCUCAGCAGAUUACCACAUCACUGUUUGUGGUCAUAUUCAACAAGUUUUACCAACUCUAUGUGAAUAUUAUAGCUUUCGAAUGAAAACUGAAACAAAGACCCAUUUUUUUCUUGGUGUUUAUUGUUCCCUGAAAGCAAUCUACCCGAACCUCACAAGUGGAGACUAUAAUCCCAUUGGUAUCACUCUCAAUGAAAAUUGGACAAAAACUGUUAUUCGAAAGCUAAAUGCAAUAGUCGAAGUAGAAUCUAAAGAACAAACUAUUCAACUACAACGUCCUACAAACUACAAAAGCGAUGAACUAUUGAAAAUAUUUCUUAAAACUUCAGCAAUGGUAGUUUAUUUGAUAAAUUGGGCAGAUAAUAGAAACACUGAAGAAGAUAUUUUGGAGCCUAGAGCUAAAAUUUCACGAACCAUUGAUGCACUUGAGAAUAUUUUGGAAACUACCAAAAUGAAGGACAAAACUUCAAUUAAUCAAAUUUCAUUACAAAUUUUCACCGAACUCAUUGUAACUCAACCACAUCUUAUAAAUCCAUCAAAUUUCAUGACAAUUUUAGAAUCCCAUCAGUAUUGCUUAUCGAUCUUCAAUUGUUGGCAAAAUUUAAAAUGCCUUAGACUUGGUUUUGCUAUACUCCUUCAAUUAGAACCAAAACUUUUUCCUAAUGGAAAUUUACAAUUCGAAAACUGGAAAAAGAUUGCUGUAUUUUUAAUUGCCGACACAAAUAGCAAUAAAGAUAUUUUGAGGGAAAAGCACUUGCUGUUGCAGGAGCUAAUACAGGCAAAUAAAUUAGAUUUUGAAGAUUGCACAACUCUUUUAAAUUUCUUGCUCAUUACAACAACAAUGCGUCGAAAUGAAUGUGUUUCAACAAUUAGAGAAAUUCUACUCAAUAAUGAAAAAUGCAACUUGGACAAAACCUCUGAUAUAAUUGGAAAACUUCUCAACUGGCUCUAUCAAACCAACGAUAAAAUCGAUGGCAAAAGUUUGCUAUUGAAUAUUGAACCUUUGGAUGAAAAACUUGUUGCUGAUACAAGUGCACUGAUGGUUAUUAAUUUUCUUGACUCUUAUAUUAAAGUAGAGGAACAACAAAAAGAAGAUGAAGAACAAAUAGAACAAACAAAUCUUAUGAAUUACAAAUAUUGUCGAAAAUAUAUAUGCAUUGAAGAACAUGGUAAAGAUUUGAAAAAAAUAAAAGGCUUACGGAAAAAAGAAAAACCUUCUAGAUGUUUGAUUCAAAGUAACUAUGAACUUUUGAUGCGAUUACUUAAUUUCGAAACAUCCAAAGAAGCAACUGUGCAUAAUAUCAAUGUGGAUUUAUCUCGAUUGCUUAAAAUGGUUUUGGUGCUGAAACAAUUUUUCUUUUAUGAUAUUUUCGAUGCAAACACGUAUUUGACUUGUCCGCUUAUGAAGAGAAUUGGAUUUUUUCUUGAUAAUUUAGAUUUUCAACUUAAAAGCGUCAGUGUGCAACAAAUUUCAAAAUCAGAACUCGCAGACGUUGUGGAAAUACUUUUAGAAAUAUUCCUCAGUAUAUGUGACUGCAGCUCUUUCUUUGCCUUCUUAGACAAGCAGAAUAUUGAUGGAUUGAUAACAUUUUGUGGCAGUAUUCUAAAACUUGCUGAAAAUAACAGAUCCGAAGAUUCAAAACAGUUAGCUUUGAAUACCAUGAAACUACUCGCUACAUUCUGUUCCAGUACAAUUCAUUCAAAAAAGGCAUUUGCUUUUAUUAAACAACAACGUUUAGUAACUAAAGACAAUUCUAAUGGAAUUUUAUCAUUAAUAAAAAUAUUUUGCAAACAACAGCAAAAUGAAGAAAUUUCUACUUGGUUCGGUGGAAAAUUGAAAACUAUGUGCCAACUAUACUAUUCGAAUAUAGAGUUAUGCGAUCAAAUAGUCGAUAUUCUUCCAGAAAUCGUUCGAUAUGUGGAACCAUUUCAAGCCGAACUAGAUAUUUGCCUUAUUAUUAUCUCCUCUUUCUUAAAAAUCACAUCAAAGAAAUAUUAUUCAUCAAGCUUGGCUGCUAAACUUAUAAAAUCCAUUCGUCAAAUAGCAAACUAUUGCCCAAAUUUAAUUGAUCAAGAUAAUUUUCAAAUAAUUUGCUUAAUGCCGGCUAAAUUUCUAUCAUCCCAAAGUAUUGCAAUUUCAUUUGCUGCUGUUAAUACAAUAACUGCUUUAAUGGAUUCAAAAUGGAUUGCAAUACAGAGUGCACACAUGGAAACACAUUUUACUUUCACUUCUCAGCUGUAUUCGAAAUUGGAUUGGAACAAUUUUCCUAUGGAAAGCGAUGAUAUAAAAGUAAAUAGCACAGCUGUAGCAGUUCAACUGCUAACUUCUCUGUUUGCAUUUAGUACUUUUCAUCGAGAAAUUGCUUUUCAAGAACUGGGUUACUAUUGUGCAUCACAGAGUUUAAAUGAAAGUUACUUUUAUAAAUUUGGAGACAUUGCCGCAUUUUUCAAUUCUUCGAUUUCAAUAUUAACUAAGCCUUAUAUUGAUGCAUUACUCUGUGCCUGGGCCCAAAAGCAACAACCUAUUACAAAAUUUCCUUACUUCCUUUGUGCGGAUGACAUCGAAAAGUGUUUCACAACUCAUCUGUCCAGUAUAAGCUAUUAUCAAAUAAGAUUCUCAUCACACCAAGGAUUAGAAGAACUUCAACGUCUAAAAUAUGGAACUACUCGACAACUUGUAGCGAAAGCAUUUCCCAUCUGCUAUGCAUAUUUACUUAGUGAACUAUCAAAAAAUCCCCAAAGUCCUUCAGCUACUUAUCUAACCGAAGCUAAAACCACAUUAAAAAAUUUAAAUAAUUUGGGCUGUGAUUUGAUUGCUACAAAUACAAAAGUUCACUGGGGAACUAUAUAUCAUGCUACUAAGCAACUCUGGGAUGAAUGUCACUAUUCUGCUUUAUUUGGAAUAAAUCCAUGUGUAAUAACACCAGUUUUAUCCGUGAAUUUCAUAAGCCUUAAACAUAUUUUAAGAUACUAUUUACAAAAAUGUUACUCUAUUCCUUCGUCAAAAACUCUUCCUGAAUGUGUCCUUAUGCUCAUUAAAAACGAUCCAAUGGCUUUACUUAAAGUUUUUGCUGCCUUCAAACUAGAAUUUAGUGAUUUUAUAUUUCUAAGCGAUAGAUUAAAGUCAUUUUAUUGGUUUUGUUCAUUAUCAGAGAUUUUAAUAGAAUCUACAUCAGACCAGAUUUCUAAGUCGGGUUUAAAUAGUACACAAACUUUCUUUCUUCGUGAUAUUUUGUUUUUUAUUCUCAAAUCAAUGGAAAAGGGAGAACGAGAAAUAUUAAAAGUCAGCUUGCAUUUCCUCCAUCAAAUUCUCGAUCAAUAUAUUUCUACGUUUUCCGUAAUAAUUAAUAACCAUUUAAAUGAUAUUGCUUGUACUUUGGUGUCAAUAACCCAAAACAAUGAACCAUCUAUCAUCCAAGAAAUGGCUAUUAAUUUGUUAGAGCUGCUCAUAUGCAAAAACACCGAGAGAUUUUCCGAAUCUAUUAAACUUUUGGAUAAAUUCCCUGAUUUGGAUAUCUAUCGAAAUCUUCGAAGUGUUGUGCAAGGCAUUAAUAAAAAUCGGGAAACAGAACUACGAUGGGUUGCCAAAGAUUUUUUAAAUACAACUACCAAAGGUGCUGAAGGGAUAAGAUCGCUAAAACAAUGUAUUGCAGAAGAAAAAUGUAAUUUUGAACAUAUUUCAUCGGACACAUCCAGAUCUUCGAAUUUACUCUAUGAUGUUUUGAAAAAAUUAAUAAAUAUGGUUCGGAGUUCAGAUCUCAAUUUAGCAAUAGAAGCAGCUAAGUGCUUAGGAGAAAUAGGAUCUUUAAAAAUUGCUGAUAUAGCUUUCUAUUUUGAAAGUGAUACAAAUUUCUAUAGCAUGGAAUUUUCAUACCAAGAUGAAAUGACGUUCCUUGCUGAAAGUUUGUUUAAAUUGAUGGAUAAAUUAUUGCUCCAAUAUGACCCAGAAUCUGUAGUAGAAAUGUAUGCAGUUUGUAAAGAUCUGGCAAGUUCGAAAAUUGGUUCAAAAGUUCUUCGUUCAUUUCCAUUACUUGGUUUGUUUUUAAAACAAGGUCAUGUUAGUGUUUUAGACAGUUACUCAUCAAUUGCUUCUUUUAACUUUGUUGAAAUUUUACAAGAACAUGAAAAUUUAAAGUACGACGAAUUUACUAAAGCAUUUUCUUCGAAGGUUUUUGAAAAAUGUCAGUGGGAUUCAUUUGCUAAAUUAUGCAAGCAAAAUUUUUCCUUUAGUGAAUCUGCUUCCGUACCCAUCUUUAAGAUAUUACUAGCAAACAAGAAAAAUCAUUUCGAUAAUAUUUUAGCUAUGUUGGAGUAUUUCUUCUCUCGGACUUUUGAAGUAAUACGAGAUGAGAAAUGGAAAGAAUCUCAAAAUAUAUAUAGCGACAAGCGAACAAUCAAAUAUUUUCUGAAUAUUUGCGAAUGCAUACGUAUUCAUAACAACUGGAACGUACCAAUUAACCUAUUGAAUGUUGCCAAAGCAUGCAUUUAUUGUCAAGCCUAUUUCAUGGGAAUUAUAUACUUGGAAAUGUGGGCACUCGUUGAAAAGGAUAAGGAAAAAUCUAAAAACAUAGAUAUAAUAAGAAAUGCAAUAUUUCAAGAAAUUGCAACCCAGGCUUUCAAAUCUAUAGAUUGUGCAGAAGCAAUUUCUGGAUUUUUGGAUCCUUUAAAUUCAAGAAUUGAAUAUCUUAAUUUAGAAGGUGAUUGGUCACAAGUUUUAAUGGAAACAGAUGCAUCCAAUGAUUUCAACAAAGAUCUUUAUGUCCAGACUUUAAAAAAAAACGGUUUGCUUUUGUUAUCAAGUUCAGAUAAGUUUACAAGUCAAGUCGAUUAUGAAUGUUGUUGGCGCCUUGGCCAAUGGGAAACAGCAAUAGAAAAAAAUUCAAAAAUUGGUAAUUUGCUUGACUUGGAGUUUGAAUUUGAAAAAAAUCAUUUCAAUGCAUUAAAGUCAAUACAUAACAGAGAAGAAGUUAAUUGCAUGUCGGCAAUUGAUAAAGCUCGACAGGCUAUAGUUUCGAUCUUGAAAGAAAUCAGUAUUGAAUGUCUACAGAAUAUUUACAAAUAUCUUACUUGGCUGCAAAUGCUACAACAGGCUGAAGACUUUUGCCAGAUCCAAUUUUCUCAUGGUGCUAAGGCUGAACCAAUAUUAGAAAAAUGGAACAUUUCACAAGAACUUACGUACGGAAACUUUAACUGUAAAGAACUUGUUCUCUCUCAGCAAAUGGCCCUUUAUAAAACAGCUGGUAUUCGAGCUGGAAGGAAAAUAAAUGAAUUCUUUAAGGAUAAAAGUCCCAUUGGAGAAUGUAUAUUGAAAUGCAUAAAUGAAUGCAAGGAUGCUGGUAAUAUCAAUUUGGCGAUAAGAAAUAUAACGCUUUUAAGAAAUAUUGACACAUCAGAGCAACUCAAGGCAAAAGCUUUAAUAGAAGAUGCAGAAAUCUGUUGGAAGACUGGAAAAUCAAGAAUGGCAAAAGCAAUACUUCACAAUGUUAUGUCAAACAAAGAUUUUGUAUAUUGCCUUGAAAGAAUUCAAGCACACAGAAUGUAUGGAGAAUUGCUGCUGGAAACGAAUAACGAAACAUUUGAAGUUGUUCAUCAAGAAUUUUUUGUUCGAUCCAUUGAACUUCUUAAUAAGUACUCGGAGCAUAGAGAUAGGGUCUUAAAAUCGGCUUCUUUUGAUGUUCAUGAAUUUGAGACGUUUAAUCAAGAAAGUCGUAAAUUAGCUUUUGCCACUAUAGCAAAAUAUGCUGAUAAAGAAUAUGUUCAGUUGGAUACAUACCUUAAUUCGGAAACAUUCCGUACGAAAGUACAAAUUAUGAUGAAAAAUAAAGAAGAAGCACAAAGUCUAGCCCGGCAAUCAAAAGAACGUGAUAAAUCAAUUGGAAUAAAUGUUAUGCUAAGAAAUUGUGGUAUCGAUGACAAAGAAAUUAAAAUGUUGGAACUAAAGAGAUCAGAAAAUUUGUGUAUUGCAAUGGAAAACUACAUGCAAUUUUGUAAACUGGAUAAAGACAUAACUACUCCUGCUGUGUAUCGUAUAAUAGCUCUAUGGUUUGCAAACAAACAUGAUCACAAGCUGCAUUCAAAAAUUAAAGAAAAUAUUGAUGGGAUACCCAGUUAUAAGUUCCUAUGCGUUCUAAAUCAAAUGUCUGCUAGACUAAGUUCUAAAAAUCCAUCAUUUCUAGAACUACUUGAAGAGAUAUUGAUUCGAUGUAUUUAUGACCAUCCCCAUCAUACGUUGAACAAAAUACUUGCUCUAGUAUAUGCAUAUGCUGAUGACCCCAAGAAUACCUCUACAUCUGAUCGCGUUAAUAUAGCAAAACACAUGAUAAACAAAGUUAAGAGUAAAAUGCACACUUCUUGCAUAAAACAAAUGGAGUCCAUGUUUAUUGCUCUAAUUGACUUUGCAAACAAGGAAAGUGGUAAAAAUUCUUCAUUAUCACUGAAUGAUAAAGUAAAGAAAUUAAAAAAUCUGGAAAAUGUACAAUGUCCUACAAUAGAUUUGCCGAUUUCUAUGAAUAAGAUGUACUCAUUAACAUACAUUAGAAAGUGGGAAGACAAUGUUGGUUUAGUUGGAGGAAUAAAUGCUCCCAAAAAACUAAUGUGUGUGUGUUCGGAUGGAAUUUCUCGGCCACAACUCUUGAAGGGUAAAGAUGAUCUUCGUCAAGAUGCAGUUAUGCAGCAAGUUCUUUCAAUGGUAAAUGAGUUGCUGAAGAGUGAUCCUGAAACAAAUAACCAGAAUCUAAUAUUACGUACUUAUCGAAUUGUACCACUUUCUAUGCGAAGUGGUAUAUUAGAAUGGUGUGAAAAUACUGUGCCCCUUGGGCUAUAUCUUUGUGGUGAUAAGAAAAAUGAAGGUGCUCAUAAGAAAUACAGGCCAAAUGAUUAUACUGUUGCAAAAUGCAGAUCACUAUCGAUGGAAGCAUUAAAGCAGGAUUUCAACCAGCGUUUACAAGUUUAUCAGCAUAUUUGUGAAAAAGUUAAACCAGUAUUGCACUAUUUUUUCUUUGAAAAAUUCCUAGCUCCCGGUAUUUGGUUUGAACGUCGGCUUGCCUACACAAAAAGUAUUGCUACAACUUCUAUUGUAGGAUUUAUUCUUGGUCUAGGUGAUCGACAUGUUCAAAAUAUUUUGAUAGACCAAAUAACGGCAGAGGUUAUCCACAUUGAUUUUGGAAUCGCCUUUGAACAAGGAAAAAUCAUGCCAACUCCUGAAACAGUACCAUUCCGUCUUACACGUGAUAUUGUUGCCCCAAUGGGAGUAUCCGAAACUGAUGGAAUUUUCCGAAAAGCUUGUGAAAAAACCAUGAAAAUCAUGCGAAAGAAUCAAGUAUUUUUAACAACAAUAUUGGAAGUUUUACUUUACGAUCCUUUGUAUGUCUGGAAAUGGUCUUCUCAGAAACACCUGGACGGAGAUAGAGAUGAAGAUAGUGAAGGGAAAAAUUUGACUGCACAACGUGCAUUGCUAAGAGUUCAAGAUAAGCUGGAAGGCAAAGAAGAAGGUAAAAUGGGCACUCCAAAUGUGGAAGUACAAAUUCAAAGAUUAAUUAACGAAGCGAUUAAUGUGCACAACCUGUGCCGUUUGUAUCCAGGAUGGGAUCCAUAUUUAUAAGUGUUUGUCUGUUCUUCUUUAUAUAAUAAAUAGUUUUUGUUAAAA